AUGUCUCUCACUUGCUCCCUGGAAAUGCUGUCCCAGUAUAUGGAUGAUAGCUACACUGGCCCAGGUUCUGUUCUUUCUGUACACAUGCAGUUCCCAGUACCCAAACUGCCAUACAUGAAGGAGUUUGAGAAUCUGAAGAGUAAGCUGCACUGCUCUGAGCACCAAGGAGAGAGCAUGUUCUGCUGGGUAGACACCUCACAGAGGGGUGCUCCACACUACCCGAUGUGCACUCAAGAUUUACAAGAGUGGGCAAGAUGUUGUCAGCAACAGGGUAAUGUCUGGCAGAGUAUUUGCCAGACAGCCAGACCUACUCUUGAGGUUGAAUCAAAAUGCUUCUACCCCAAUACCACCCUGUGGUUACAAUCAACUUACUCCCUCAGAUUUCCCCCACCCUGUGCUAGGCUUUGCACCCUGUCACACUGUGUCAUUGUCUUUGGCAGCAGAGUAGGUUACUCACCACCUGUUGAUCUGGAAUUUGCCAAUCCAGAUGAUUUAUGCAAGCACAUCAUUACUGCCCUCAAGGAAGACUUGCAGGAUGGUGUAGAUAUAUGCAUUAUAAGCUUGUUUGAAGACCAUCAUAUGCCCCCAAUCUUCAAUGAUCCAUUGCUGUCCAAUGACCUUGCCACAUUCAUGACAGUUAGGUGGUUAGGGGUACCUGACACUCUUCUCGAGUUGCAAGGUCCUGCUGGAGUUGUGCUGUUGUGGUGCAUAGACAUUGCCUCCUCAGAGGAGGGGGAGGAAUUGAUGUCGAAAUUUCACCAUUUCAUGGAGAGGUGCAAGGACCUCCUCAUGGUCACCAUCAUUGAUGUCCACAAGUCGGCCCCUUACAAACAACCCAAGGAUUUGUUGGAUAUGGAGUUGUCAAUGGAGGGCAUCCUGCAUUGGUGGGUCAAUCCACUGAAGAUCACUAUCAAGACCUGGCUCCAUCACCCUGAGGGACAAUUCUCUUUCAAUGUGAAGCAAAGUGAUAAUCAGUAUUAUGCAUGCUCUCAAAUUUGUCCAUAUCCUACAAUGGACACUGGGCAUCUUGACUCAGUGCUCAAGUGGGACAUGAUGUUAAUCUGA